CCCAAGGUUGAUGCAAUUCUAGUACUCGAUGGCGACGGAAAUCGUCUUGCCGGUAAAUAUUACGGUACUUUCCUAAAGAAGAAGCAAGACGAUAAAUCUGCUGAGGAACGACGGGACGCCUUUGAAAAAGCGUUACAACAAAAAAUCGCCGGUAUUGCAGCUCGUCCCGAUGCCGCUGAAGUCGUCACUUGCCAAGGACGAACUGCAGUUUUCUGCGGGGGCGCCAUCGGUGGAGGCGCAGGUGGAGAUGUUCGUGUCGUGCACAUUGGUCCUCCAGGAGAAUCCGAGCUUGUACUUGCCUACUUGUGCGAGGGAAUGUACGACGCUCUUAGCCAUUUAAUGGGUGGAUCCACUGAUCGCUCCAUGGUUUUGGAUAAUCUCGAACUGGUCUUCUUGCUUAUCGAUGAGCACUGCGACGGCGGUAUCAUUCUGGAAGUAGACGGUUCCAAGCUGGCUUCGGCCGUUCUGCUACGGGAUGAUGACGGAGUGGGAGAUGAUUCGCAGCAAGGUCUA